AAACAAAAAAACAGCGCAGAAAUGAAAAAGUGAAAGAAAUCUUUUCAACAAAAGGAUUUCGUGGGGCGGAGUUUGUAAUUCUUAACGAUGAAACGAUACGGUUUCCGUGCAUCUUAAGAAUAUUUUUAAUAUCAUGUGUAAUAGCUAAUAAAAUAAGAAUUAGUGUUUUUAAAACCGCUGACCAUCUCUAGAUAUACAGAAAACUGCAGUUCGACCUUUGAGAAAGAAGCAUUCGCGGCUGAAAAUCAGAAAGGGAGAAACAAAAAAUCAACUCGCUGGUGACGUGCAAAACUAGUGAAAAUGUUCCUUAAAAUAUUGUAAGAAAUAAAGCACCUUUAAUAUAGACUUAAUGCCCGAGAAUUCAUAAUAGAAGGUGAAGCGCUGAAACGCGUGAUAUUAAUUGGAUGAAGCUUGGAUUGUCAUGAAUUGUACCAGUACAAAAAGACUACAAUCCACAACAACUACACCAAUUAAUAGUUCGGAACCAGGGCCCUUCAUUUCAGCAUCACCAUCACCACUUUUAGAGACUCCCUUUAUAGAUCAUAGAAGUAACGUUGGAAUCUCAGACUCAUCUAUACUUACUAGUACUGUUGAAUAUACUGACUUAAAGAAGAGAAGGCCAACACCUCCCCCAAGGUUAGGAAGGGCCCGAAAAACUACUUCAGCUGCGGCGCCGGCUCAUCAAACGCUGAUGAUAAAAAAUAUUGAGAGCAUAUCAACUCAUGCGAACGCUGAGGAAAAAGAUGAAGAAAAGGAAGAAAAAGAUAUUUGUUGUGGUGCCAACAGGAAAUCUUCCAUCGCCGAAGAGAUUGGUGCAGCACAGGUCAAUAAACUAAAGCCUAUUAAAGAGGGGGCUGAAGAUAUCAAGUCAAUAAACACUAAUAAUACUAAAACUGAUAUCGGCGCAUCCACUAUAGUUUCUAGCGAGGUCCAGGAAUUCGGAGGCGGCGAUUCGAAAUUGGCGAAUAAUACGUUCUCUUCUACCACACUUAAAGUAGAGACAKGUGUUCUCGUCCCUAACUCUCUUACGACCGAAUCAAAUUUUGUCCCUACUGCAGCUAAYAAACAAAUACAGAGCACCGUUAAAUUCUCAACACUGACGGAAACACUUGAAUGUGGACUCAGCGACGCUGACAAAGCCGAAAAGGAAAGUCAAGACCUAUCCAGUGGGGCCACAUCGGACGGUUUAUUGAAUAAGGCGUCUAAUAGCGGAGAAAGUUCACUAAGUCGAGAAAAUUCAAUUAUUUUAGUAAAAAACAGAUUACCGAAAACACCGUCGUUUUCAAAAUUAUCGAGYAGCUUGCAGAGUUCGCUGGGAGCACUUAGCGGCAGCCGCCCUGAUGAGGACACUAUCAGCAAGUCGAGCGAUACUUCUGGUGAGCUAGUGCGUGGUAUAUGUGACGAUUCGACUGCUCUUGAUAAACCAAAAAGYGGCUCGCGGCUUUCGGAGCGAGCUAAAAAGAAGUCUUGGUACAACGUCCUUUAUCCGAAUUACAAAUCUCGGGCAGAAGAUUUCAAAAAGCUUUUCAAAGAAGUACCGUGCGAAGAGCGUCUUAUUGUCGAUUACUCGUGUGCACUACAGCGCGACAUUUUAGUGCAGGGGCGCUUGUAUGUCUCACAGAAUUAUGUUUGUUUUCAUGCUAAUAUAUUCCGAUGGGAAACCUACUUAACCAUACGUUGGAAGGAUGUCACGUCAAUAACAAAGGAAAAAACUGCUCUUGUCAUACCAAAUGCCAUUUCGAUUUGUACUGCUAAGGAAAAGUACUUUUUUGCCACAUUCACAACACGUGACAAGGCGUUUUUGAUGCUCUUUCGAGUAUGGCAAAAUACAUUGAUGAACAAGCAAAUGCUACCGCAAGAAAUAUGGCAAUGGGUGCAUAAUUGUUACGGCGAUGAACUUGGUUUGACCACAGACGACGAAGAAGAUUACAUUGAUCCAACCACAGUACCCCCAGAGAACGAAGGUGAUAUUGAUUAUGCAUCAGCACUAGAAGACGCAACCUCUAUUGUUAGCUCAACCCUCACAAGUGAAUACAACACAGCACAUUCAACACAAAACGUCAACAUAAGCGGUGACAAUAGCUCCAGCACAAGCAGUGGCGGCGGUGGUGGCGGUACCAAAUCAAAAGCUAAGACAUACUUUUUCAGUUCGAAUAAAUCGAUUGCGAACACUUCGACCACWACGUCGGCUAGCGGUUCGGAUAACAAAACAAGUGACAAUAACRUACGCGAGCGCGAACGCGAAAGCGAUUCCAAAAACACAAUGAACGCCAAGGAAUUAACAUUGACUUCGGUGAAGCYGGAAGAUGAGGCUGCCAAGUGUAAGCCGGGCAGUUAUAAUGCGAAUGAAAGUAGCAGCGGCACCAGUAAGGAGACAAAAAGCUCAACGCUUAAACCACAACCGCAUGAAAAGCGCAAAGUUUCAAAAAGUACGCGUGUCCGUGAUGAGGCGGCAAGCAAUAAUCAAACCAAUUUGCCUACAGACGUYUCUGGUUCCAGUGACUCUGAAGAGAAUAAAGCUCCUUUUGUUGCAACGGCGGAAUGCACAUCAGCACAUGAAGGCCGUCAAUUAGUUCACACAAUACUUCCCAUUAAUGUAGAUACGCUGUUCAACUUACUCUUCUCAAAAUCCAAAUUCCUGAUGGAUUUCCAUGCGAUGCGCAAAACCGAGAAUAUGUUUUUCGGCGAGUGGGUAACUGAUGAGGAGGGCAAGAAGACGCGCGCCUUCAGUUUAACAGUGCAGUUAUUAGCUUCCGUUGGACCAAAAACAGCCAGGGUGACCGAGACUCAGGAAAUACGCGAGUGUAGCAAACCUGGCGAACUAUAUUCCAUAGAUGUAACUAGUGUUAACGCUGGCAUUCCAUAUGCUGAUAGUUUUAGUGUUUUAAUGCAUUACUGCUUAAUAAGAACCGUUGAUGACCAUACAAUGUUGUCUGUUCAUGCGCAAAUUAAAUACAAAAAAUCAAUUUGGGGCGUCGUAAAGGGCUUUAUAGAGAAGAACACAUGGGCCGGUUUGGAGGAGUAUUUUAACGCCCUGCAGCAAGCGGUGCAAAGUGAAACCUGCAUACCACCCGCCAAGGCAAAAGGACGGCGCCCACGCCGCGGUACGGCGGCUCAAGUUCGUCCCACGGAGGACGUGCCCGAAGCUCAGACCAAAAGCGAAGCAGUUGAAGUGGCUGUGGCCACCAGUCGACGCAACACCCCGCGGCUACCCCUUGUCGCAGCACAGCAAUCGCCAGUUGAAGCAGAGCCACAAAACAAACAUAAAUGGCUGUCGGUGUUUGUGCUUGCCUUAUUGUUUUUCUUAAUCGCUCUAAAUUUCAUCCUACUACUUAAGCUUUGGGCACUGGAAGAGCGCAUUGACGACGAUAUAAGCAAUAGCGCGCGCUUACCGAAUUUGGCUGCUUUGAGGGAAUUGCCGAAUUCGAACGAAGAGUGGGUGGAGUUGUUGCGCCAGCAGGAGAUUUUGCAUGAGGCGGAGUUAAAGAAGUGGCACAAAGUGCUGCAAACUGCCAUCGAAUUGCUGAAAAAGGUGAGCGCCGCGUGCGAAUUUAUUUACAAGAAUGAUAAACUAACACAACAGAUCGAAAAAAUCCAUGAGGAGCUCUAGUGUUAAGCUCACAAUCAACRGAAAUGGCCGUUGCAUGCACAUGACCAUUGAGCAAGUUUCACGUCAAUACAGCAAUUUUCAUAACAGUUAUCUAUAAAACAAGUGCAUAUGCAUAUGUAACCUCAUGCYCCCGUAAUUUAUUGUUAGCUUUCACGAGUUAUGAAUUAAGGCUCAUUAUAACCUAAAAAUUAAAAUGUAGCAAAUAUACUAAUGAGUAUCUUAUAAAGCACUGAUAUAUGUAUGUGUAUAUGCGUUAAUUGCUUCGUUCAUAACAUAACCUAUGUUCACAAUCCACUCUGAGUUCUUCAACGCAAGAACUUCCCAGGUUAGUUAAAAUCACAAAUGACAACAAAUUUAUUCAUGAUCCAUUGGACAUUUGAAAAAUCGUAUUCAAUUAGAGAAAUCUAUGGUAACAACUCGCGCUGAGCAUGCUUCUCUCUUGCCAUUUAAACAGACUAUAUCUGUAACUAAUUCUUAUAAUCUACACCGUACUUGUUCUGUUACUUUUAAUAACAAUUUUAUGCUGUUUCUCUUAAUUUAUUUGGACCCAUUGACUUACCAAAAAAUCAUCGGCUUUUACGUAUCAUUUCAGACUGAACGAACAUUGGCCGCUCUCAUAUUUCGAUAGACUACUUGCUCUGUGAUUGAUUGCACAGAGAGACAGAAAAUGCAAUAGUUAGCGCUAACAAGUAAAUCAAGAGAGAAAGAGCUUAAAUCAAACCGAACUCAUUCAGAAUAAAGUCUCCCAAUUGCCUGGCUUCAAUUCGCUUAUUGGCAUAAAUUUGAGCGGCCUAAAAUCGGAUUUAGAGAAGCGCGAAGCUUUCGAAGCAAUGYCACAAGCAGUUCUUUUCUAGCUGAGCACAGACAAGUGCCACUAGAUUUCCGUUAGUUUUUAUAUAUUUCAAAAAUUUUGUUGCAUAUUUCCAACGGUUUGUUUUUAUUUUUGCUGUUUGCUAAGCUAAAUUUGUCUAUUUAGUUUUACUUAAAAAUACUUAGCUUAAACCUAAUUAUGAAGAUAAAGUGCGAUUUGUUGCUUAGACUUUAGUUUAGUUAGAAUUAGCAAUUUACAAAUUGAAUAUAUUAUAAAGAUUUAGUAUGUACAUAUAUAUAUAUAUCCAAAAGGUACCGUUGUAUUUGUAUUAUUGUAGUAUACUGUAAGCCUAAGGUAUUAUUGAGGUUAUUUGCCAAGCAUCGUCAGCCGACUUAUUGUUAACCAAAAUUGUAGUCGUUUCAGCAGCGUCUAACGGGUUAUAAAACGCAUGGUUUUAUUGUUGUUGUAAUAGCAAUUUGUUUAAAUUGAUUUGAGCGUCGUUUCCGUUUUCGAAGCUUUUCAAUACAAGCAAGCAAUAAUAAAGCCAGGCACUCAAGCACACACCUGAAAAUUUCCAUCGCGCGCAGAAAGCAACAAAGCAAUAAAGCAAUAAAUGGGAAACCACAUACAUACCUAUAAAUGUGCGUGUGCUUGAACGAAAUCUUAUUGAGCCCGAYUAUUUUGCUGGAUUAUCAUAAGUGUUAGUACGUACGUAUAUAUUUGUAAUAUUUUAGUAUAUAUAUUUUAUAUAUAUUAUAUAUUUAUUUUUGUAACGGAUAUUUUGAAGCUCCAUUUAAUAAUGAUAUGAUUAAUAAUUGCGUAYGAAAAAGACAAAAACAUUUGGGAGGCUAGCUGGAAAAUACAUAUUCAUAGCGGUGUUAAAUAAACUGCAUAACUGUUAAUGAGUGAGGGAAACCUCGAAUAAAUAGUAUUGUUGCAAACAGAAAGUAUCUCAUAAAUGUGAAAAAACGCAAGUGCAUAUACAUAUGUAAGUUAUAACCCAGGCCUACAAAGACUUGGGGGGGCCAACGGUUCAAAUGCGUGUCAUUUUUAAAAUUGUACUACGUUAG